CUUUAUCGAUACGCACUGCAGAGCUACAAUAUCAGAAUUAUAAUAACAAAAUUUUUUUAAAAAAUAAAAAAAAUAUAAUCUCUGUGGUGGUUUUCAGAAUUAUAAUAUCAAAACCUAUAACUAAAAACCGCAUUCAAUUUUAUAUUUAUUAAUAUUCUGUGGUAUUUUGAAGUGCAAUGUCGAUGACCGAAGAGCCUUUGUACCCAAUAGCAGUAUUGAUAGAUGAGUUGAAGAAUGACGAUAUCCAACUUCGGUUAAACUCAAUUAGGAGGUUGUCAACUAUUGCACGUGCUCUAGGGGAGGAGCGUACACGAAAAGAGUUGAUUCCGUUCUUGAGUGAAAACAAUGAUGAUGACGACGAGGUCCUUCUUGCAAUGGCGGAUGAAUUGGGUGUGUUUAUACCUUACGUUGGAGGAGUGGAGCAUGCCAAUGUGUUGCUACCCCCUCUCGAAACUCUCUGCACUGUUGAGGAGACUUGCGUGAGGGAGAAAGCUGUGGAGUCGUUAUGCAGGAUUGGAUCACAGAUGAGGGAGACUGAUUUGGUCGACUCCUUUGUACCACUGGUCAAGAGGCUGGCAGGAGGCGAAUGGUUCACUGCACGAGUGUCUGCUUGUGGACUGUUUCACAUUGCAUAUCCUAGUGCCCCAGCUACCUUGAAGGCAGAGUUGAGGUCAGUAUAUAGUCAGUUAUGUCAAGAUGACAUGCCUAUGGUUAGAAGAUCUGCUGCUACAAAUUUGGGGAAGUUUGCUGCUACCAUGGAUCCUGCUCAUCUCAAGACUGACAUCAUGCAAAUAUUUGAGGAUCUUACACAGGAUGAUCAAGAUUCUGUACGUUUACUGGCCGUUGAGGGAUGUGCUGCACUCGGGAAGUUACUACAGCCUCAGGACUGUGUCACACAUAUUCUUCCUGUGAUAGUCAGUUUUUCUCAGGACAAGUCAUGGCGUGUUCGGUAUAUGGUUGCUAACCAGUUAUAUGAACUAUGUGAAGCUGUGGGCACUGAACCUACCAAGUCGGAGUUGGUUCCAGCAUAUGUAAGGCUACUUAGAGAUAAUGAAGCUGAAGUCCGCAUAGCAGCUGCUGGAAAGGUCACCAAAUUUUCCCGGAUUCUGAAUGCAGAACUUGCAAUCCAGCAUAUUCUUCCUUGUGUCAAGGAAUUGUCAUCAGAUUCGUCACAACAUGUUAGGUCUGCCUUGGCCUCUGUUAUAAUGGGCAUGGCCCCUGUUUUAGGAAAGGAUGCAACAAUCGAUCAACUCCUUCCUAUUUUUCUUUCACUUCUCAAAGAUGAGUUCCCAGAUGUACGCCUCAAUAUUAUCAGCAAGCUUGAUCAAGUGAAUCAGGUUAUCGGAAUUGAUCUUUUGUCUCAAUCAUUACUGCCAGCAAUAGUUGAACUUGCAGAGGACAGACAUUGGAGGGUUCGAUUGGCUAUAAUUGAAUACAUACCUCUAUUGGCAAGUCAGUUAGGUGUAGGAUUUUUUGAUGAUAAGCUAGGUGCCCUCUGCAUGAAAUGGUUACAGGACAAGGUUUACUCCAUCAGAGAUGCUGCUGCUAAUAAUUUAAAGCGUCUUGCAGAAGAAUUUGGCCCGGAUUGGGCAAUGCAGCACAUAGUUCCACAGGUGUUGGAUAUGGUUAACAACCCACAUUACUUGCAUCGCAUGACAGUUCUUCGUGCAAUCUCCCUACUCGCCCCUGUUAUGGGGUCAGAAAUUACUUGUUCUAAAUUGCUUCCCGUGAUUGUAAACGUCUCCAAAGACAGAGUACCCAAUAUAAAAUUCAACGUGGCAAAGGUCUUGCAAUCCCUAAUUCCCAUUGUUGACCAUUCUGUCGUGGAGAGCAUCAUUAAGCCAUGUCUAGUUGAGCUAUCUGAGGACCCGGAUGUUGAUGUCCGUUAUUUUGCAAACCAAGCACUGCAGUCGAUCGGUAACGACAUGAUGUCAAGCUAGAGAAUUCCACUUUCAGCUUACCUGAUUUUUUCCCCCCAAAUUGAUCUUCUACAAAGAAACUUCAGUUUUACAUAGCUGUAUCUUGUUUUUAUAAUGAUUCUUUUUGUAUUCUGUUAUUUAAACAAAAGACAAAAUCAAGAAAUGAGCAAUAACAUUUGUAACUGUUAUAGUUAGGCCAUUUUACACAAGUGAACCAA